CGACAACCUUCCGGACAACAGUCAACCGGGGAAACUAUUUAAAACCGGAAGGAAGAAAGGGAAGAAAGGGAAGAAAACAAAAGAACCAUCCCCCCAAAAUAACAAUUCUAUACUCGAUCAUGACACCCCGCUGUUUUAUUGUCCGCCACGGCGAGACCGAAUGGUCCCUCAAUGGCCGACACACCGGAACAACGGAUCUACCGCUAACACCAAAUGGUGAGAAGCGUAUCAAGGCUACAGGCAAGGCUCUCGUUGGGAAUGACCGCCUUAUUGCACCGAAGAAGCUAGUUCAUGUCUAUGUCUCUCCCCGCGCCCGCGCUCAACGAACCCUGGAGCUCCUCGAGAUCGGCUGCAAAGAACGGCUUCCCUGGGCGGGGAGGAGAAAGUCAGAAGAUGAGGAGCCCAUUCGAACGGAAGCGAAGGUCGAAGUCACAGAUGCAAUCCGGGAGUGGGACUAUGGUGACUACGAAGGAUUGACCAGCAAGCAGAUCAGGCAGAUGAGAGCGGAGCAGGGCCAGGGAUCAUGGGAUAUUUGGCGGGAUGGCUGUCCCGGCGGAGAAUCCCCGGAAGACAUCAUCAAGCGCCUGGACGCCUUGAUCGCCGAUAUCAGGGCGAAAUACCACCAACCGUGUUUGGACAGCUCGUCGGAAGCCUCAGGCAAGGGCGAUGUCCUCAUCGUCGCGCACGGGCACAUUCUGCGCGCGUUCGCCAUGCGCUGGACGGGAAAGUCUUUAACAGAAACCACACUGAUCCUCGAAGCGGGCGGAGUCGGCACCUUAAGUUACGAGCACCAGAACAUCGAAGAACCAGCGAUUAUUCUCGGAGGAGCUUUCGUCGUGGAUAGCUAG